AUGUCGACACCUACAACCGCAACGGCCCUUCUCCCGCCGACACACUACCGCCUCCACCCUCCAUACUCUUCCAACUAUCGCACAACAACAACCGCGAAUUCACUGCUGCCCACAACGGCAGUCGUGGACCACCAGCCGGCGUUGCAGAGUCCGGCUCGCCCUCAGUCUUACUACUACCAUCACCAGCCUGCCGCCAACGCGGGCUACAGUCUGACGGAUGGCGUAGCCCAGAGUUCACAACCCGUGCCUCGACCCCCUCACAGCCACUACAGCCAUCAAGACUCCAACUCGUCCGCGACUGCUCGCUUUGACGACAGCUAUACUUCCACCAUGCCAAACACGACGACGACAACUUCCGGCGUCGUCCCUGCCACUGGUCGCCCUGUCGCUGAGGACCAGCCGUCCAGGAAGCGUCGGCGCUCUCGGGAGCCCGAUUGGAACAAUUUCUACCGGAACGGCCUCCCCAAGGAAAUCAUUGUCAUUGACGACACGCCUGAGCCUGAGGCCAACACGGGCCGCAAGAUCACAAAUGGUAAUACCAUCGUGCCCGACUCGGCCGCCGCCGCCGCUGCUCAGCAGGCCGCGAAAAAGCGAAGACGAGACGACCCGCCGCUGGGCUACCACGUCCAGUAUUUGGGCGGUUCUCACACAGGCUCGCACACAAACACGCCCUUGCCCAACGCCGCCACGCCUGCUGGCUCUACCCUCUCCAGCGACCGAACAAACUCGGCAUUGAACACCACCGCGCCCACGUCUCUCUCGUCAAAUAGCCAGUAUGAUGAGCUGGCCGCGCCAUUAAAGCGCAAGCGCACCACCCGCCAGCAGGCUGCCAACGAGGCCAAGCGAAGGGAUGUUGACGGCCUGGGAGGCGCCUACAUGGCCUACAAGCCUCCCCCUUACCCGCCCAAGAAGUCUGCUGAGGUUCCCGUUAGAGUCAUUCAUGAUCGUCACUAUAGCAAAAAUGCCAAGGUCGAUGAUGAUGAUGGCCACUACAUCGUUGUCCCAGAUGCGGAACUUACUGAAAAGUACCAGAUUGUCCGUCUCCUUGGUCAGGGUACCUUUGGUAAAGUGGUCGAAGCCAGGGACGUCAAGAGAAACAAGCCCGUGGCUGUCAAGAUCAUCCGAUCCGUCCAGAAAUAUCGCGACGCUUCCAGGAUCGAGCUUCGCGUGUUGGCUACGCUCAAGGCCAACGACGAAGAGAACAGGAAUCGGUGCAUUCACCUGCGAGACUGUUUUGACUACCGCGGCCACAUUUGCAUCGUCAUGGAUCUUCUCGGCCAAAGCGUCUUCGACUUUCUCAAAGGCAACGGUUUUGUGCCUUUUCCCAACAGCCAGAUCCAGAACUUUGCCAGACAGCUCUUCACCAGCGUAGCAUUCCUUCACGACUUGAACUUGAUUCAUACCGACCUCAAGCCGGAGAAUAUUCUCUUGCAGGCAUCUCAGCGACGGGUGCUUCUUGACACCGAGAUUCGUUUGAUCGAUUUUGGAUCAGCUACGUUCCAAGACGAAUAUCACUCAUCGGUUGUCAGUACCCGCCAUUAUCGUGCUCCCGAGAUCAUCCUUGGCUUGGGCUGGUCUUUCCCCUGCGACAUUUGGAGCAUAGGAUGCAUCCUGGUCGAGUUUUUUACUGGCGAUGCCUUGUUCCAGACACACGAUAAUCUAGAACACCUAGCCAUGAUGGAGGCUGUCGUUGGCUCUAGGAUAGACACCCAUCUUGUCCAAGCGGUCAACAAGAUGUCUACAAGGAGUGGAGGAAAUCCUGCUUCCAAGUACUUCAAGAGACUUAGGCUCGAUUAUCCAACCCCCGACACAACCAGGGGUUCCAGACGCUUUGUUAAGGCCAUGAAGCACCUAAGCGACAUAAUCCCUUCAAACUCAACCUUUUUCAAGAACUUCCUUGAUUUGCUGAGGAAGAUAUUCGUCUACGAUCCUGCGCACCGCAUCACGGCCAAGCAGGCCCUUAACCACCCGUGGUUCAAAGAAAUGGCCCAGCCUGACGACGGAACCGAGGCCGCCAAGAUUCGCUUCGAACGGAGACGACUAGAGGUGGACAAGGCGAGACAGCACGCCCACUAUGUUGGAUGA